UAAAUUUAUGCUGGCUUCCGUGCUAGCUAGAUGAUGUAAACUUGAGGUGUUCAGUUUCCGAAAUCUUCAGGAUUUUCUGUUAGAUGAGUCAUUUUAUUCCAAGCGUAUCAGGAUUUUUGUAAUUCAGAUUUUUCUUUCAGUGAUACUGUUCAUUGACCAAACAGGAAAAAAAAAUUUUACAAUGUGGAAUUAUGGACAUUCCCUUUAGUGGAAAUCUGUAAUACUAUUAACUACAAGAAAUGCACGACUAUAACGCAGGGAAACUUUUUACAAUGAUCUAUCUAUCAUUUUGUGGGAUUUGAAGUAGUAAGAACUUAAAGCAAACUUCUCUUUUCCAAGGUUUGGAACAUUUUAACCUAAUUGACCUCGAAUCGACUGCUUCUUGUAUUCAAAAGAAAGAUAAAAAUUGAUCUUAUAAUCCUAGCCAACAAGAACUGUUAUCCAUAGACUCGGAAUCUUUAUUCUUAUAAAACCUAUACCAGAAUAACAAUGAAAGUAUUUAUCCUCCUAAAACCACUUAUAUCCAGGGCUACCCAAUUCUUCCUUCGAGUAGCCAGUGACAGUAUGCCACAUGGAGUAAGGGCAGAUUUAUGUCUGCGAGCACACUUCUUUGUCUGGAACUUUUAGAAUAGUUGCGUCCACAAAGUUGUAGUGCUUCAACAAACAAGUUCAAGAAAUAACUGGCUACAAGAUUGACACUUCAUUCAAAAAGCUACAGAAAGGUCCAAAGAACCCAAAAUAAAUAAAUAAAUAAAAUAUAUCACAUUCUCUCAUACCAUGACAUGUGCAAGUCAUAUCCACGGGCAUCUUUUCAGACUUCCAACUUGGAUGGAACAGGAUGGGACUGGGAAUCACCUUGUGGUGCAUAUUAUUCCUCACAUUAGGCAUAUAUUGGUGCCACCACAAGCCAUUGCUAUCAAUCUACUCGCAUUCAUUUCUUGCACCAGGAAAAGUAACAGAAGAGCAUGGAAACUAAACGCUUUCUCUCCUCUAACCCCUUUACCAAAGCCAUUGAGCUUGCUCCCUCCAUUAAAGCAAGAGUAUUCUGCCACCCCAAGAGAAGUCCUACCCAGUUUCAUUGCAAAAAAGUUGGCGUUUCAACUUCCAUUUCAUGUAAGUUGUUCUUUAUCUUUUUUAACAUUAUGAUACUGACAUUCGAAUAACAUUUUGACUUGAUUUUGUUUGUUUAAAAUAGGUUGCCAUUUAUCAUCAUCAUGGUCACCGGCUGGUGAUGACAGCCAGCCUUACCUUGAAGCUGAUUGGCGAUCAUUUAGAGCUAGAUUAGUCGCCAAUGAGCAAGCCUUUUGGCUCAAUACUGCGCCUUCAUCAAUGGAUCCUGAUUCUGUGGUGGAAGUGGAUCAUCCUCUGCAAGUCGCAAUAGGGUGCAAAUGGGCGCAUGCCAUCCAUGAGCCUGAAAAGGGAUGCCUGCUAAUAGCCACAGAAAAACUUGAUGGGGUCCAUAUUUUCGAACGAACAGUGAUCCUUCUAUUAUCAGUUGGGCCUGCAGGCCCAUAUGGGAUCAUACUUAAUAGGCCAUCUCUUAUGUCCAUCAAGGAGAUGAGAUCGACGGUGCUAGAUGCAGCUGGGAUGUUUUCUGAGAGGCGAUUGUUCUUCGGAGGACCGUUGGAGGAAGGGUUGUUUUUAGUGAGCCCUAAAAGGGGCUAUGAUAAUGAUAUGGUGGCCAAGAGCGGGGUUUUUGAACAAGUAAUGAAAGGAUUACACUAUGGGACUAAAGAGAGUGUUGGUUGUGCAACUGAAAUGGUGAAGAGAAAUGUGGUUGGGAUAGGGGAUUUCAGGUUCUUUGAUGGGUACUGUGUCUGGGAGAAGAAGCAAUUGAGAGAAGAAAUAAUGGCUGGUUAUUGGACAGUAGCAGCUUGUAGCCCAAGUGUAAUUGGACUGCAAAAUGUGGGCACUCAUGGGCUCUGGGAGGAGGUCCUCGGGCUCAUGGGCCCAAAAAAGGUUUGGUGACAACAUAUUGAUGGUCCAUGCUGUGUAGGUUUUAGGGCAUAACGAGGGUAGAUCGGGGAGCUUGUAAAUGACCUGUAUGCCCAAUUCCAUCCCAAUUUCUUGGCUUUAGCUGCAAACUUAGCAGGAAAAAAAAAAAAAAUUCUAAUUGUUGAUUCAGAACCCAGUUGAAUGCUAAUGUGUAUUUAUAUACUUUUAGUGUUAAUUCCUGCAAUACUACUAGAAAAGAA